GCCUUUCAUCCCACGUCGAUCCCCCUCGCACCUCAACCACAACCACGACGCCGCCCAGCAUGCUCGUGCCGGUCCAAGACAUGGCCCUGCCGGCGAUUAAGACGCUGCAGGACUGCGCCGACUGGUCGCAGACCGUCCAGCCCUUCAUCCCCCAGCUCAAGGAGCUCCCGCAGCAGGUCUGGCUGCACAUGUCCAGCGUCGAAGAGCUCAAGGCCCUCUAUGUUUCCACAAACCCCCUCGUCACCGCCUUUGCCUUCUCGCUGGCACUGGCUCCUAUUUUCCUGCUCGUCUCCGAACUCAAUAAGAACUACUCCCAAGUGGACCGCAUGUGGAGCUUGCUGCCGACGAUCUACAAUGCCCAUUACGCCGCGUGGGCGCACAUGACUGGCCUGCCGACCCAGAAGGUCGACAACGUGCUCGCCUUUAGCGUCGUUUGGAGUUUGCGUUUGACAUUCAACUAUUGGCGCAAGGGUGGCUACUCUGUGGGCUCUGAAGACUAUCGCUGGGCCAUCAUCAAAUCCAAAGUCAACCCGGCUUUGUUUUUCCUCUUCAAUGUCACCUUCAUCUCCACCAUCCAGAGCGUACUGCUCUGGGCAGUCGCGACUCCGACCUACAUUCUCCUUCUCACCUCCCGCCUGACAGGACAGGGCAUGAGCACAGUCGACACCAUCUUCGCACGCGUCUUGAUGGCCAUGGUCGUCUUGGAGUACUUUGCCGAUCAGCAGCAGUGGGACUAUCAAUCCACCAAGCAGCGCUACUUGCAAACCGCGCAGGUCCCGCACAAGUCAAAGUACACGCGCGAUGAGCUCGACCGCGGCUUCACGACGCGCGGCCUGUGGGCAUGGUCGCGUCACCCCAACUUCGCCGCUGAGCAGGCCAUCUGGGUGAUCCUGUACCAAUGGGGCUGCCUCAGCUCGUACACACCACUCAACUGGACUUCUAUGGGCGCUCUUAACUACCUAUUCUUGUUCCAGGGCAGCACGUGGCUUACCGAACUGCUUACCGCCGGCAAGUACCCUGAGUACAAGGAGUACCAGCAGAGGGUGGGUAAGUUCUUCCCGAGCUUGCUGGGUGAAAGGUGGGUGGAGGCGAAGGCGCCGGUGCCGGCGCGGCCCCAAAAGAGUGCUGGACCCAAGGGCAGCGCGAAGAAGUCGAAAUAGGGUGGCCGUGGGGUUUGUUGAUAGAUGACGCGGGGGCAAAGGAAGUUGUGAAGGGAAGAUUGAAGGAGUGAGCUAGAAAUACUUGCUUCGGAGAUCGGAAGGCAUGAUUAAGAGUAUAUAUGGUUAGGCAAUUUCUAGCAGUAUAGCACAGUUUAAAUUGCAUUGAGCUCACUAUUGCAAUCACUGGCUAUUUUACC